AGCUACCCAACUCAGAUAUGGUUUAAAGACGCACCUCAUGGAGAUCCAGACGCUCGCGCUCUCACAAUUGUCCAGUAACAAGCAACAUGGUUUACGUACCUUCGAUCUUGCCGGUCAGGAUUUUGUGGCCGCAAUGGGUGGGAAGCGCAGGAGCGACCCUGGUAACAAUCGUGGCCGGGUUGGUGGCAGGAUGGUCAUCACCGUACUUGGCGAAGCUGCUGGCAGAUGAUUCGCCACUGCCCAUAACCGACUCGGAAGCAUCUUGGAUCGCAUCGCUGAUAAAUGUAGGAAGAUUCGUGGGUGGAAUUCUGACGGCAGUAAGCAUAGAGUAUUUCGGUAGCAGAAAAACAAUGUUCCUGAUAGGAUUUCCGAGCGCCCUCGGAUGGAUAUUCAUCAUAUUGGCAAAUCACGUGAUGUGGCUGUACGCAGCGAGGGUUCUGUGCGGUAUCGGUAUGGGAAUGACCUUUGGUGCUUUCCCGAUUUACAUCGGAGAAAUAUCCGACUCCUAUAUCAGAGGAGCUCUGGUGACACUGGCAAUGAACGGUGGAGCCGUGGGUAACUUCCUUGGCAACCUGAUGGGGUCGUACAUGCCAAUGUCCUACUUCGCGAUGAUAACUUUGGUUCUGAUAGCGAUCUACGUCGUGCUGUUCGCGCUCGUACCCGAAUCGCCUCACCACCUGUUGCGCGUCGGAAAACUCGAGGAGGCGACGAAGGCAUACCAAUGGUACCACCGCGGAGUCGAGAUUAAGAAGGAAAUGGAAAUUCUUAAGGAUUACGUGUUCGCUUCAAAGUCGACCUCGUUUAGGGACCGUCUUCGUGAGUUCAACGCCCCGCAGAACAGGAGAGCCGGUUUCAUAAUCAUCGUCUUAUUCAUGUUCAUGCACCUCAGCGGAACGAACAGCCUCCUCUUCUACAUGGAGAUAAUAUUGACCAGAGCCGAGGUCAAGGCGAUCGCUCCAUCCUCGGUCGUCGUUAUCGCAGGUGCCCUUUCGAUCGUGACAGGGUGGCUUGCCAUGUACUUGAUCGAGAGGUCGGGACGUAGGUUUUUACUCAUCAUUUCGAGCGUUGGAGUUUUCGCUGCAAUGAUGUGCUUGGGACUGCAAUUCGCUCUGCUCGAUUACCAGCCUGACGUUCCCGUCAUGGAGUGGCUGCCCAUCGGAUCGAUGAUGGUGUACCAGGUCUUCUACUCCGUUGGUAUCAUGAUCAUUCCCAGUGCGGUGCUCAGCGAGCUCUUCCCCGCGAAUCUGAAGAGCAUGGCAGCGUGUGGCGCGGGCAUAUCGUCCGGGGUCUUUGCUUUCGUCUCCAGCAAGACGUACCAACCGAUGGUUGACGCCAUGGGCGAGGAGUACGUCUUCUGGCUCUACGGGUUCAUCGCCGUACUCGCCGUACCUUUCGCCAUCUUCACGAUGCCGGAAACCAAGGGGAAAUCUCUGCAGGAAAUCCAGGAGAUACUGACGGACAGUGUGACGCAUGGGAAGUCCGAACACGCGAAGGGGAUGAAAAACGAGGAAGUUUGAACUAAUUGAUGACACUGAUAUUUGUUGGCUACGAUAUUCACCACCGUUAUACCUCACAAACAUCCAAAAAUUGUUUCCGAAAGCCAUGUGACUUUGGUUACAGCGUAUAUUACGCAAUUUUUGGGGUUCAAUAGCCGGGCUACACGGCUCAAAAGUAGAACGCUGAGUUCGGUUCUCAAGACACGAACUGAAAAUACCGCAAGAAAUGGUCACCUCUCCAAUGACAAGCGGAAGCUUUGUAGUUUCGGAUACCUAAGUGUAUAGUAAGUUAUUCGAAUAGACAAAUAUAGGAUAGUUGAAUAUCAGUCAAAUUAGUUUGACUGGUCAACCCGUAACUUUGCACGUCUUAUCAAUAAAAAUGAAGACAUUAUGAAGUUUCUAACUGCGUUUCAAUCAUGAAGAUGUGUAAUCAGUUAGUAAUAUGUUACGAAGUAACGAGGACAAGAAUAAAUGGAAUUUGGUAUUUCGAGAGUAAAUAUUACUGGUCAGUGUUUGAUCCGUUUACACAAUUGUUUUAUAACCUAAGUAAGAAUUGCUCAUUGAAGGGUUUACGAAUGGUUAUGGUAUAAAUGAAUGAUUAAUUAAGACAAGAACUUUUCACUGAUGAUGCAACAAUGUUUACUCAAGGCAAUAUAUAUCAUUAAGCCUAGGAUAUGACACCUUUGCUUUGCCACACAAGGACUUGAUCCUACCUAUAAUAACAUACCUUGCAGCGUGGCAUCUCCAACGCUCAUCGCGGAUCCAGAUGCAGAAUCGAAAAGACGCUCACAAUCAGUCAGUAAUCUUAUACGAGUAAAUCGCGAAUGAAACAAAAUCGAGUUUUAUUUAUAAAGAAAUUUUGUUUCGAUACGACUGAAAAAUCAUAAAAUACUCUUGUUUCGGAUCACCCGUUUUUUCUUAGAUUUAAUUUUGAUUGGCGUGUGACCAAUGUUAUAUGAUUGUUCGAUCUGAAUGUGAAACAUGAAUAAAUGCAAUUUAUUGUCCAAA